CCCAAACGAAAGCACUUGUCUAUAAAACUUCCAUUUUGCGCUUCCCCGAACCCCACGCGUCUCCUCCUCCAUUCCCUCACCUCCUCUUCACCUUCUCCUCCUCCUCCGACGACGACGAUCAUCCACCGCCACAGCCGUCCCACGAUGAGCGUCGUCGGCUUCGACAUCGGCAACGACCGCUGCGUCAUCGCCGCCGUGCGGCAGCGCGGCAUCGAUGUCAUCCUCAAUGAUGAGUCCAAGCGUGAGACCCCUUCCACCAUUUCCUUCUCCGACAAGCAACGCCUCAUCGGAUCCUCCUCUUCUCCUCUCCUCCAUCCCCGCUCCACCUUCUCCCAGAUCAAGCAUCUCUUGCUCUCCCAACCUCAGCACCGUUCCAGGCUUCCCUUUUUGGAUCGGGACCUCAGCAUCGCCCCUGUUCACCUCCUCGCCAUGCUCCUCUCCCACCUCAAGCUCAUCGCUGAACGAUCCCUGGACGGUCCUGUUUCCGAUUGCGUCAUCUCGAUUCCCUCCUACGCUUCCGACCUCUCUCGUCGCUCUUAUCUCGACGCGGCGCGCAUUGCCGGGUUGAAACCCCUCCGAUUGAUGCACGAUACGACGGCGACGGCUCUUGGCUAUGGUAUCUACAAGUCGGAUUUUCCUUCCAGCCCCACGCACGUCGUCAUCCUCGAUAUUGGCCAUUGCGACACUCAGGCCUCCGUGGUCGCCUUUGAGCCUGGCGCCAUGCGUGUUCUCUCCCACGCCUCCGACCCCAACCUUGGUGGCCGCGACUUUGAUGAGGUUCUGUUUAGGCAUUUUGCCGAACAGUUUAAAGACCAGUAUAAGAUUGAUGUUUAUUCGAACGCCAAGGCGUGCAUUCGGCUCAGAACAGCGUGCGAGAAGCUGAAGAAAGUCUUGAGCGCGAACGCGGAGGCGCCUCUCAGUAUCGAGUGCUUGAUGGACGAGAAGGAUGUGAGAGGGUUCAUAAAGAGAGAGGAAUUCGAGAAGCUGGCUGCGGGUUUGCUGGAGAGAGUGCUGGUGCCGUGCAAGAAGGCGUUGGAGGAUGCGGAAUUGGGGGUCGAUAGUGUGCAUUCUGUCGAGCUUGUUGGGUCCGGGUCGAGGAUUCCAGCGAUCGGGAGGAUUCUGUCUGGGUUCUUCGGGAAGGAGCCAAGCCGGAUGCUCAAUGCCAGCGAGUGCGUCGCGCGUGGCUGCGCGCUUCAGUGCGCCAUGCUUAGUCCUGUGUUCAGAGUUCGGAAUUAUGAGGUGCAAGACUGUUUUCCUUAUUCCAUAGGUUUUGCUUCAGAUCAAGGUCCAAUUUCCACACUUUCUAGUCAUGUCUUGUUUCGCAAAGGCCAUCCUUUUCCAAGUGUUAAAGUGCUUACUUUUCUCCGGAGUAGUGCCUUCCAUCUGGAAGCAUUUUAUGCUGAUGAGAAUGAACUGCCACCAUCCGCACCUCCGAAAAUUAGCUCAUUCAUGAUUGGCCCUUUUCAGGCAUCUCAUGGUGACAAGUCAAAAGUCAAAGUCAGGUUUCGAAUUAACCUUCAUGGAAUUAUUACAAUUGAUUCAGCUUCAUUGAUUGAGGAUGAGACUAUCAAUCCAAUUUCAAGAUCAAAAUCAGAUGAUGCAGAACCUGAAAAUGCUGAUGAAAAUGGAUCCUCCGAGAAGUCUGAAUCUGAUAUUGAUAGAACAAGGAAAGGAAGCCCGUCAAGAAGGCUUGAAUUACCUAUUACUGAGACGGUAAAUGGUGGAAUGUCCCAGGAGGAGUUAUCUGAAGCUCAAGAGCUUGAGAAACAGCUUUCUUAUCAGGACAAACUUAUUGAGAGAACCAAAGACGCAAAGAAUGCGCUGGAAUCCUAUGUUUAUGAAGUUCGCAAUAAGCUUUUUGAGAGUUAUCGGAGUUAUGCAACUGAAUCAGAAAGGGAAGAGAUCUCAAGGAGUCUACAACAAACAGAAGAAUGGCUUUAUGAUGAUGGGGAUGAUGAGACUGAGAGUGUAUAUGUCAAUAAACUACAAGAAUUGAAAAAGCUAGUGGAUCCUGUGGAAAGCCGAUAUCAAAAUGAAGAAGCUAGAGCUCAAGCAUCAAGGGAGCUCUUGAGAUGCAUAGCUGAUCACAGGAAAGCUGCAGAAUCAUGUCCAACAUAUGAACGAGAUGCUGUAAUUAGUGAAUGCAGAAAAGCUGAACAAUGGCUGCGAGAAAAAACUCAACAACAGGAGUCUUUGCCAAAGAACGUCGACCCAGUGUUAUGGUCACAUGAAAUUAAGAAAAUUAGGGAGUCCUUGGACAAAUCAUGUGGACAUAUAUUGAAGCACAAUGGUUCUCCACCUGGAGCAGAGAAUAGCAAAGCAAAGGACAGAUCUAACUCUUCGGAUGACAUGCAAACAGAUUGAUUUUGACCAAAAAUGGUGGAAAGAAUCUCUUUAUUCUUCAUCACGGAUUUAGUUAGUUAUCGCUUGAAGAUUACAUCAGUCAUGUAUGUAUCCCAUUAGGAUGUUAAAACUUGGCAUCCAUCUUGUGGGGUUUUCAUGUGCCUUGGUUUCUCUAAUUGACCAAAAUAUUUGCCUGUGUGAUGUGAUGUUCAUACAAUCAAGAUUGUAAUCCUCUUUUAACUUUGGCCCCAUUUUCUAUACUUCAGGAUGUAAUCACUUCUGCUGAUUUAUAAAGGAAGUUUGUAUGAGUUAUUGUGAGUUCUUAAA